GAAGAAGAAAAAGAACAUAAAAGAGGCGCGGGCCGGAGGCAUUGUGGCGCGGCUGACAAUUCAUCAUUGCUAGGGUUUCUGUCAAGAGAGAGAGAUGGUUAAGGUGGUGGUGAGGAAGAAGAAAGAGAAGAGAGGACACCCGCCUCUUUCUGAUUUGGGAGAUCCCCCUCUCGAGGAAAAACAACAACGAAAGCGAACGCGCCGUGCCUCGGUUCUUGCUCCUCUUAGGCGAUCCAGGCGCCUGAACCCUAAUCUCGACGCCGACAAGAUCCGCCGCGGCAAGCCCGAGAAGCGAGCGAGAAUUCAUCCAAAAAAAGAAGAGAAACAAGUGCGCAGCUAUGAUUUCUAUGCUGAUAUGGGUAAUUGGCAUGACAUAACCGACGAAGAAUUUGCCCGCUACGUCGAACACGUUUCGAAGAGUGAUGGCUUUGAUGUUCCCCUCAUGCUUGGCGUCAUCGCUUGUGGUUUAAUUCAACCACGCAAUGUCAACACUCUGGUUGAAGCCCGCAAGUUCAUACUAUAUUCGAAUUUGGCAAUUGAGGAAUACAACACCUGGAUCCGCACCCACAAGCCUGAAAGUCCUCAGGUGAAGUUUCGGAAGGUUGUGAAAGCUAUGUCUCAGGCUUGCGAUGUGGUGAGGUAUUAUAUUACAUUUGUGGCCAAGGAGGUUGCUGCUGGAGGCCAGACUAAGACCUAUCAAGCUGUGGUGCGUUGCAGGAUACCGGUAGAUGUUAAUAUCACCGUGCUGUCUUUCAGGGAGUGUGAGCAAGUGGAAGGUUCAGGCAUCAUUCGUGGGAAAGAAUGGAUUUGGGAAGGUCACACUGGCCUCUGGGAGGAUGGCUGUUUAUAUGCAGGUGACCGAGACCGAGUCGUAUGAGAAGAUUUUUCAGCAGUGACAUGCAUAUGGAGAGUUUAAGGAGGUUGUUGGAAAUAUGUAAGCUACUCUCAUCAGAAAAGGGGAAAUCUGAGCCUAAACAGAAGAAAAUUUGUUUUGCUGUUGAUGAGAAACCUCUCCGUCAAUUUGACAAGUCCUGAGUUUGAGGAUCAUAGAAGGCUACUUUCAUUGUAUGAUGCUGUUCCUGAGAAACCUAAAUCCGGUAGCUCUCACAGCGAUCCCUGCACCGAUCAAUCACAUAGGGUUCGUUUGAUAAACGAUUUUGUUUUGGUUUUGGUUUGAUACUGUAGCAAAAAGUGAUUGAUGUGAAAAAAAGUAAUAAUUUUUUUUUUUCAAGUGAAAAGGUAAGAAUGUUUGGUAUGAAAAAAUAAAAAAAAAUUUAUUUUGUAGUGAUUUUUUUAUUUGAAUAAUAAUAAAAAAUGAUUGAUGUGAUGUAAAAAGUAAAAAUAUUGAAAAAAAGAAAAGAAAAAGUGAGAUGAAUAGUGUAGAGCCAAAAUCAUGGCAAAAUCGUUUAUCAAACGGAGCCAUAACACCAUUCUAUCUGCUGAGGAAGUGAAAAGGUAAUAUGACUUUUCAACCAUGUCAGACUUCAUUAUUUCUCCCCUCCCAAGUUAUCCCAGCCACUAUCCGACUAUAAGUAGUAACUGCAGGGCAAUCAAAACAUGUGUAAUAUUCUGUUGCUAACAAGGGACUAUAGAAUCGUAAUACGCAUAUGUAUAUAUGUAUAUGAAGUCUUCAGUGGACUACCAAUUCGUAGCGAAGCUUGUGAGUAGAUCAAUGUUGUUUUUCUGUCUGAUGUGUACUGUAUAGGAAGGCCUUUUGUUAUCCAUAGGUGUAGGAUAAAACAGAUUUCAGCCACUUUAAGCUUUGUUUCGGGAACCAUCUUGUGUAGAGUUCUGAGUGUUUUGUGUCGUUCAGUUUUGAUUGUACAUGGUUGUAAUGUGUAACUUUUUCUGACCAGAUGAAAUGACUGACUAUAUCUA